GAAAGACAUCCUCCUCCAAGGUAGGAAUUUAUUGUUACAAGGUAGAAAUUUAUUAUUCAGGAAAAGUUUUCUUCAGGACAAUAAAUUUUCCAUUUGUCAAGUGAACACUCGUAUGAAAGUAAAUUUUCGUUCCUUUGCUUUCCUUCAAUUCAUUAUUGUCGGAAUUAACAUUUCCGCAUAACAUUCUCAAACAGAGCCACAGAUUCCGGAUCCAUCCCACAGUAUAGAAAGCCAGCAAUAAUGACAAGAGGAUAGAGAGGGGUGCGCAGUUUGAGGAUCGCUCCACUUUUACUUCUUCCAACUAACUUCCCCGCCGUUUCCCCUGCUCUAACCAUACUCUCUCCUCCUUUCUUGCCCCACUUUCCUCCACUUUCCCUCUAUCCAAACAUGCACUACUCUGCUACCUCAAAAUCCCCACCUUUCUUCCUCAGAUUACCCACCACAAAACUCAUCAGCCCCAACCGAAAUCCAAACUGGAUUCAACCCAAUUCCAAACCCAACAAACUAACCAUAACCCAAUCGCCGUCCCUCAAAAACUCUCUCAGAUACUUUCGCAACAACUCAAAUUCCAAUCAAGAAUCAUCGUCUAUUCCAUUUCCACAAAACACCCAAGAAAAUACCAAGCUAAAGCUCCGAUCUCUGGCCUUGGAAUUCAAAUCCUUGCCGGAACCCAUCGACCGCGUGAAGCGGCUGUUACACUACGCGGCCCUGCUCCCUCCGCUCGACGUGUCGACCCGGGUGGACUCGAACAGAGUCAGGGGUUGCACGACCCAGGUGUGGCUGGAGGUCAGAAUGGACUCAGACGGGCUAAUGAGGUUCAAGAUUGACAGUGAUUCGGAGAUCACGAAAGGGUUUUGCUCGUGCUUGAUCUGGGUGCUGGACGGGGCAGCGCCGGAGGAGGUGGCGGCGGUGACGGCGGAAGAUUUGGCGGAUAUGAAUGUGAGCGGGUUCUCGGGCGGGCGGGCGCGGUCCAGGGUGAACAUUUGGGCCAAUGUUUUGAUGAGCAUGAAGAAGAGGACUAGGGAUCUGGUUGAGGAGAGGGAAAGGGUGCAAUGCUUUCCGGGUUUGGUGGUCAAGAUUGAUGAUCAUGUCAGUGCUAAUGGAACUUACGCAAUAGCCAAGGAAGCACUGUGCAGUUCUGGAGUAGCACAGUUGUCUUGAAUGGAAACAGGAGAGAGAGACCAACCCUCCUGAAAGGGCUUAAAAUGGUGCUUUCAGAUCAGAGCUAUAUGGCUGGUUGGGUAUUGUGAGUGGAAAAAUGGCAAUCCUUUAAUUUUGCAAAGAUUGAUAGAGUAAGAGGACAACGGAGGAGGAGAAGGAGGAGGAGAAUCAUCAAUUGUCAUCAUUUAAUACGAUAACGUAUGUAUGCUUUUGUGAUAUGUCUACUUAUUCCUUAGGAUGUAGAACAUAGUGCUUAAAACAUUGAGUUGGUAGAUGAUACAAGUGUGACAACAACAUGAUGGGAAUUAACUGUGAUACUAACCAAAUUG